AAAUAUUUACAUUAUUUGAUGAAAUAUAAAAUUUCUACCCCCAGGUAUGAAGUGAACUGUACGCAAUAACGUCUUGUUCGAAGCUUUCGAUAUCAAGUGCCUGUCUGAUUUUACCACAAAUAUUCGUUGCUCACAAUAUUUCACGACAAUUACCACAUUCAAAUUAUAAGAAAACGAAACUCUGUAUAAAAUAUUUUGGCUAAAUUCUCAUCUACUUCAAAUACCGUAGAAAGUAUACAGAACGAAAUAAAAGGCACGGGAAAGAAAGCAAUGGCCGAACAACAGUGAUGUUAUUGUCAACAUUUGUAGAACAUUGCCUGUAGAAAUGUCUGUUGAAGAUUCUUCUCCGUUAAACCUGGCUCACCAGCAGGGUCGCCAUGCCGACAGGUUACUGACAGCCGGCAGGUACCAUGAUGCAAUAGUCUGUCACGAGAAGGCUGCAGACCACCUCCUGAGAGCCAUGAAGAUGACGUCUGUACCACAGGCCUUGACGUCCCUCCAGCUGCAGUACAAGUUCCACUUCAAGCAGCGCGACAUCAUCCGUGAGAAGCACCGGCGGGCAGAGAGUUACCGGAAGUACCAGGAACAGCGGGAAAAAGAAGCCCAGAAGAAAGCCCAAGCCGCCAAGGAGCUCCAGGAGCUACGAGAGGCCGAGGAACUGCUGCAGAAAACCCUCGCGUCCAACACCGAAAGGGACAGCGAGGUCGAGUCAGAGCCUGACGAAGAAGAAAACGGAAUAGACAGUAACGAUGAAACAGAUUUGAGCAGGGGGAACGAGAAGAGUGUAAUACAUGACGGUGAGCCAGACUCGCUGCUACAGUUCCUAAACAAGGGCGGCCGGCGAGACAAGUUCAGCAGCAGCGUGCACGCGGCCACGAAGGCGCCGAAGAACGCAGAGGAGAAGAUGGAGGAGCUGAAGACGAGCAACGCCCAGCUGCAGGAGCACGUGUCCUCCCUCCUGCAGGAGCUCGAGAAGACGAAACACGAGCUCCACGCCGCGAGGUCUGAAAACAGGCAGCUGAGACGAACGGUGGACAUCCUGACCACUCAGAUCGAGAGAUACGUGGCGGAGGACAGGAGAAGGGCAGGGCAGGACCUGUCAGUCAGCAUCCGUCCGGCUUUUUCCGCUAGCGACUCAUCAUUUGACGAGCAGAUCAGCCCGCCGUCAGAAAUCCCACCGUUGGCCCCUCUUGAGAUCCCAGACUUUGAUUUCGAUUCUUUUAAGUGACUGUAUGAAUGAAUGAAAGUUUAUUAUAUACCUGUAUAUAUUGUGUUUUGCGACUACACACCGCCCAGCUCAAGUGGGCUUGUACGACACCAACAAAAGAAAAACAUAAUACAAAAGUGACUGUAUAUUGAAAUGGGGUCUUUUACACUUUUUACUGUCAGGUAGGAAAGAAAUUUCUUGAGUCUAGGAUCUCUUGCAAGAUCUGACCCACCGUUUUAAAUCUGUAUGUACAAUAUGUAUGUGUCCUGUAUGCACGUGUUUCUUAUAAAUUGUAUGUUCCAAGGGUCUUGUAUUGCUGGAAACUCACUCUGGUGAAAGAAAAUUAAACAAGAUGAAUGCAUAUAGCAGUGAAUGGAUAUAUCAGUGAUUUUU